CUUGGUACCUGCCCUUGGCUACAAUGGCUGGUGGUGAAGAGGUUAAGUCCCCAGUGAGGCCCGGGAAUAAAUUGAGGGCCCAGGACUCCCCUAGCCCCAAGACCUGUCACAAUGGCCACAGGGAGAGUCCUGUGUGUGUGUCUGCUCUUCCUGUCACUGCAGCUGGGGCUCAGCUGGAGCCUGGACGCCGCUCAGCAGGCUCCAGUGCCUACAGGGCAAGUCUUGUCUGAGCAGCCGAAAGAAACUGGAGGGACCCGGAGGCCACCACUAGGUGCCCCCCACCCCCAGCUCCGCCCUCGCCGAGCCCCGGCCACUGCGUGCCAGCUAUGGAGCCUGACCCUGCCGGUGGCUGAGCUGGGCUUGGGCUAUGCCUCAGAGGAGAAGGUCAUCUUCCACUACUGCGCUGGCAGCUGCCUCCGUGGUGCCCGCACCCAGCACGGCCUCAUGUUGGCCCGGCUGCGGGGCCAGGGCCGAGCCCACGGGGGACCCUGCUGUCGGCCCACCCGCUAUGCUGAUGUGGCCUUUCUCGAUGAUCGCCUCCGCUGGCAGCGGCUGCCCCAGCUCUCAGCGGCUGCCUGUGGCUGUGGCUGA